UACAAAACUAAACACCCAGCUACCACAUUGUCUAGUAUGGCUCUUAAUCUCUUAAUUUCAAUCCCAUUCUUUUUACUCUUUGUAGUGAAUCCAUUUCACUUUGUUGAGCCAAGAACCUUAGAAGUCUCCGAGCAUCCAUUCACCAGAACUCUCCGAAAACUCAAGGACAUCAACAAGGGACAAAGGGUGAGAGGCGUGGGCGAGCUCAAAAGCUACCUAAAAAAAUUUGGCUACCUAACAACAAAUGACAAUUCUUCAAACAACAACCACUUCGACAAAAACGUUGAGUUUGCUCUCAAAGAAUACCAAGUGUUCCAUCACUUACGUCCCACGGGUCGUGUGGAUGCCGAAACCAUCAAAAGAAUGGGCCUCCCACGUUGUGGUGUGCCUGAUAUUAUCACCCCCCAAAACCAUAAGCUUAAGGGGUUGGUGAUUCUUGCAAACUAUAGCUUCUUCUCGGGUUCACCAAAAUGGGAAGAGUCUAAAAGGGCACUAACCUACACAUUCGUAUCAAGUGCUAACGUGUUGAGGAUGUAUGAUGUGAGGCUAGCAACAAGGAAUGCCUUCCAAAGUUGGGCAAGAGCCUCUAACUUCACAUUUAUGGAAAUGCCAAGUGAGUAUAAUAACCUAGCUAACAUAGUCCUAGGGUUUCAUCGUGGGGACCAUGGUGAUGGGUACCCAUUUGAUGGGCCGGGCCAGGUUUUGGCCCACACUUUUGCACCACAAGAUGGUAGGUUGCAUUUUGAUGCUGAUGAACCAUGGAGCAUUGAAUCAACAAGCUGGAAUGUAGGACCAGGAUGGAAUGUGGGUUGGGAUUGGAGGAGGUGGGUGCGUCCUAGAUGGCAAAGCCGAAGGACCAUUGAUUUGCAAACCGUGGCUUUGCAUGAAAUAGGUCACCUUUUAGGGCUAGGGCAUAGUAACGUUCCCGGCUCCAUUAUGUAUCCCUCUUAUGAAGGGGUAAAGAGGGAUCUAACUCAGGAUGAUGUGGAUGGCAUACGGGCUCUAUAUAGAUUGCCCAACUAGAACUUGAGAAAUGUUGUUCCACUUGAGUUUUGUGAAAUAGUUGUCAAGUGUAACAGCUAAGCCUUGGUGGGUUGUUAACUUAAAUUGGUUAAGUAGUGUGUUUCGUAACAAGUUGAUUUGCAUUGAUCGAGGUUUCUUGAAUCAAUAAGUAGGUGCUUUUAUGUUGGUUUUAUUGUUAUUUUAUAGUGACUGUAGAUUUCUAAUGUCUUACUAGCUAUAUGCUUGAAUGCUUUUAUCUUAAAAGCAAAUUUACUAUAAAACUUAUUGUAAAAUUUCCAAUUCAACAUAAAAGUUACUUUUUAUCAUAUUCUAUAUAAAAAGUUCUAAGCGCGUUGAAUGAAACAACUUAAUUGCA